UCGGAAUGGGCCGGCGGACAAAGUGAUCAUUGUUUCCCAGUUGGCGAAGAGUUUUCCACUCCAGUAAAGAUGCAGUGCAGCUGUAACUCCUCAGGCGGGCACCUUUCAUCACCUUACUGGAGCCGAGCAGUUCUGUUUCCUGACUGGGCCUACAAACCAGCCUGGUCUCCUGGUUCCAGGCAGGUGCAGCUGUGGCACUUCCUGUUGGAGCUGCUGGGCUGCGGUGAGGGCGGAGCCAUCGGCUGGGGGGGCGAGUGGGGCGAGUUUGUCAUCAGGGACCCCGAGAGGCUGGCCAGGCUGUGGGGGGAGAGGAAGGGCAAACCACACAUGAACUACGACAAGCUGAGCCGGGCGCUCAGAUACUACUACAACAAACGCAUCCUGCACAAGACCAAAGGGAAAAGAUUCACCUACAAGUUCAACUUCAGCAAACUCAUCCUCGUCAACUACCCAGGGUACCUGCCUGCGUCCAGCCAUCAGCUGGUCCACAGGGCCCCUCUGUGCCUCCCGUUCCUCCCCUCUGAGGGUGGCCUUCCUUUCUGUGGAGGAUCAUUGAUAGACAGAGCUGCUCAGCCUCUGCCUCACACCUUCCUGCUCCCUAAACCGCUCCCGGUGCCUCAGCCCCUCCGCGGCCCCUUCCCCAUCAUCCCUGCUGCCGCUCGCCCGGAGGUCGGCCAGAGAGAGCCCAGGGAGUCGGGUCUAAAUGCAAAUGGCUGGCUGCACAGAAGCUCCGCAGACUGGGACGUCAAUCCCCACAUAAGCUGGAACCUGUCAGGAGAGAAGCAGCAGGACGACGACAGAGCGGGGAAACAGGCAGACUGAGGGCAGGGAAUACAAAUGAAAGAUUUUCUUUCAUUAAAUCUCUCCAGUUUAAUUAUUUUUAUCUCUGUUUUGAGUCACUGUGGCAUAGUUUAUUACCUGUGCAUUAAAAUUAAUCACAUUUGUAAACUAUUUAUGGGUUUGGACUUCCUUUUUAAUAGAA